UUAACGUUCAGGUGGCUCAGUUCUCUAUCUAACUCUAUCGACUUCUCGUUGUAGACCAACCUGCCCUACAAGAGCGAAGAUCCAGAGUCCAUAAUCUUCUGUCCAGUCGAGCCAUAUUUGGGUAGCUGUGGUAAAUAAACGAUGGUGUUUACGAGGAGAGCAAUCCGGCGACAAUUUAAUCCGAAAUGUAUUAUAAAAGCGCUGGUGAUAUUUACGAUAAGUACCUUCUCCAUGGGUUUUUUUCUUCAUGGGCGGAUGGGACGACCAGAAGUGAAAGAAAUAAUCGACGAAUAUCCUCUUGGAAUCGAGAAAAAAAAUCAUCUGUGCCCCAGUGACCAAGUCCUAAGAAGCUCAAUGGUGAAUAAACUUGGACGAUAUCCAUUACAACAGAGGCACCUGACAAUAGGUGUUACUUCAAUAAGCAGACCCGACGGGGCAAACUAUCUGUUAAAAACGAUCCUGAGUUUAUUGGACAACAUGAAUGACGCUGAAAAAAAUAAAACAUUUAUGGCUGUAUUCCUCGCAGACUUUGACAAAAUUUUGAAAGCGAAUGCUGCUUUGGAUCUUUUAAAGCUUUUCCGGAAAGAAAAUCUAUUACACGUAAUUGAGAUAUCACCUGAAUACUAUCCCGAUUUGUCUAAUGUUAGGCUGAAAUAUGGUGCCUCACAGGAGAGGAGUGCGUGGCGUUCCAAACAGAAUUUAGACUUUGCUUUUCUGAUGUGUUAUUGUCGCAAACUAUCUACUUAUUACCUUCACAUUGAAGAUGAUGUCAUGGCCUCUCCGAGUUUAAUUCAAAAGAUGGACGAGUUCAUCUCGUCCAUAGAUGGAUACUGGCCGAUACUCGACAUCUCAACUAUGGGUCAUGUCGCAAAGGUUUAUCAGGCCAAAGACCUCGAAAAUGUUGCAUCGUAUUUCUACCUUAUGUACACGAAAUGCCCGUGGAUCCCUCAAGAUGCUUACAGAAGUGGUUAUGGCUACUUUUGGGGAAGGCAAGUCCAACCAAAUGACCACGUCACUGUAAAGUUUGAUCAAGCUGAUAACACAGAGAAAGUAUUUGUGGACACAGGUUCCAAUUUAGCUAAGAAUGACUGGUUAAGGGUUGGCGUCCUUCAAGCGAAUUUUGAAUCCGGGGAGGCAAUAAAUAAAUGGUCAUCGCCAGCUGCUAGUGCGCAAUCUUGUGGAGACUUUGCGACAGUCGGUUCUUUUGUAGAAGGAAAAGCAAACGUUACUUUUGUGGAUUCCCCAAAGAUUAAGUGUCUACGGAUUGUAGUCACACAGAGUCAAGCUGAAUGGCUCUUUUUAAGGGAAAUAGACGUUUGGGAGAAGACGUGAUAUGAUUAUCUGAAUUUCCAAUCUUAGGGCGGAAUUAUAGCGCAACUCGAGAAAUUAAAGCGCAUUUAGAUUUUUAUACUUAAUCCGUUCAGAGACCUUCAAGUCUGGGAAUCUGAUCCCCUUGGCCUCAAUUAACAAAUUAGUUUUUACUGUUAUUCCUGUCAUUCCCUUUUUCAUAAAAUUUUUCUCCUUAAAGAUUGAUCCUCAUUUUCACUUCGCAGAAGCCACCACCGGUAAGAAAAAACCUCCGUCUUCCCCUGUGCCGGAAGCACAUCGCGUUUGUCGGUAUGCUUUGACCGUUUGCCACGUUCUGUAGUUUAUCGUUGAUAGGAUUCAAUAAUUAUUAUAGAACAUCCAAAGGCAUUC